GGUUCCUCAUCGCACAGCCGCUCAGACUGAUGCUGUCCACUCCAAUGUAAACUACUACUACUGUCUACUGUACCUGAUUGAACUAGAGUUGGUGUUUCUUUGGAGGAUUCGCUCUGCCGUGAUAAGGAUUUAUCGAUCUCAAGACCAUUCAGGAAAUACCCUCAACCAUCUCUACUAUAUCCCUCCAGGAGGCCAGCAUGCCCCAGACUCCGCCCCUCUCUGGCCUGCAGGGGGCUGGUCGGGUCAAACGGUCCCAGACCACAGGGGACCAAGACUACCCAAGCCACUGUUACCAUACCAACCAGCAGGACCACCCCAGCCUCUGUUACCAUGAUUCUCAGCUGGUGUCCGGGUCGCUAGAUGCCCUCAUCCAGCGACUGGUCCCAACGCUCGAUUACUACCCUGACAGGACGUACAUCUUCACCUUCCUACUCAGCUCCCGGCUCUUCGUCCCUCCCGACCAGCUCAUGGUCACCGUCUGCCGGCUGGCUUUGGAGCCGCGACACGAUGACUCCCAGGUUGACCAGAUGAGGAUCGCGGAGCUUGCUCCCAAAAUGGUGCAGCUGCUGAGGGAGUGGGCGAGCAGCUUCCCUCACGACUUCCGGGAUGAGAGGCUAAUAGGCAGCCUGAAGGACCUCACCCAGCACCUGGCCACCGUAGACCAGGUCUACAGGAAGGCGUUGGGCCAGAUCCUCCAGGAUGUGAUGCAGAGCCUGGCGGUGCAGAGCCGGUACCAGGAGGUCCUGCUGAGGGUCAGGAGUGCGACAGCUGAAUGCUGGAGGGUGAUGGAGACCAAGUCCCGGGCCCAGAGGGACCUGCUGUCCGUCUGCAACGACCCCUUCACUCUGGCUCAGCAGCUAACGCACAUUGAGCUGGAGAGACUGAGUUACAUCGGCCCAGAGGAAUUCAUUCAGGCGUUGGAUCAGAAACGACAGCUGGACAGCAACCAGCCAAGCAACCUUGGAGCGUACGUGGAUUGGUUCAACAGACUCAGCUACCUGGUGGCUACAGAUAUCUGCACGGCUGUGAAGAGGAAGACCAGAGCCAGGGUGACAGAGUUUUUCAUUGAUGUGGCGAGAGAAUGCCUCAACAUCGGGAACUUUAAUUCCCUCAUGGCCAUCCUCUCUGGGAUGACCAUGGGUUCUGUGUCUCGGUUGAAAAAGACCUGGGGGAAAGUGAAGACCGCCUCUUUUGAUAUCCUUGAACACCAGAUGGAUCCUUCCAGUAACUUCUCUAACUACAGAAGAUCCCUGCAAGGCGCUCUGCAGAGGUCCCUGAGCGCCACCAGCCCCAGAGAGAAGGUUGUCAUUCCAUUCUUCAGCUUGUUGAUUAAGGACCUAUACUUCCUCAACCAGAGUUCUCCCAGUCGCCUGGCCAACGGUCAUGUCAACUUCACGAAGCUACAGGAAGUGUCGCGGCAGCUCCGGGAGGUGAUGCGGUGGCAGGAGGUGGAGAGUCCAUUCCAGAUGAACUGCCGGAUCCAGACGUUCCUGCUCACCACACCUGUCCUUAACGAGGACGCACUGUAUCUUGCCUCCUAUGAGAGUGAACGACCAGAGAACAACACAGAGAAGCACCGAUGGCAAACCCUCAGGUCCUCUUUACUGAACAGGCUCUGAACUCCCAGUGCCAACACCAAACCCACUCCCCUCUCCAGGAGCCCCCCUUAUCUGGGCCCUUUUCUGAAGACCCCAGCCAGUGGUGUCCCGGCCAUCAGGCAUAGCCUACUGGGACCAAACCCAGCCGCCGCAUCGGUCGGCCGGGGGACUGUCUCUCUGAGUCAUUCGGGCUGCACAUGAGAGUGUGCUAAGUUAGUUAAUGUGCAUUAACAUUCUAGACAAAUGCAAUGUAGUGCAUCAGAGGGAUGGCCAACAAAAGCCAUCAACAAGAAAAUGUCAUAGGGACAGAUUUUGAAAUUAUUAAAAAAAAGGAAGCAGGCUUUACUGGCACAGUACCCUUCUAAGGAGUGGUGGAUAAUCAAGGCUGAAUCUUGUUCCCAGCACACCACUAACCACAACAAUAGCCAACGCUGCAGUUAAGUCUAUUUGUCCUGCUGAGUGUAGAGGUUAGCUGCUACCUGAAUUUAGCCCCGUCUUUCCUAAAGUAAAAUCAAAUGUUUCUAAAAUAUACAUUUUUAGAACCAAAGUAGUGUGCUGUAAUCUAUUAUUUUUACUAUGUAAAAUGAUGCUUAUUAUUUAUUAUUGCAGUCUGGUUGUCACUGUUUGCAGUGAAUUACUGUUGUUUCAUCUUAUUUAAUUUGUGCUCAGUAGGCUACAUUACAUCAAAUAAAAUAAUUAUUUUAAAUAUCGAAAUUGUUUGUAGGCUAGCCUACAACAAACACUUGGCUAGCCUCCUAUCUUAAACCGGGAACACAGCUAAUUAGGUCAUACACAAAUCUUGUGAUUUGUUUUAUUUUCCAAUAGGUUUUAUACAUUUUGUUACUACUUUUACCAGAAUAGAACAUUCCUUUUUAACGUUUUUAUUGUGUCGGCCUUAGGGUUAAUAAAUGAAUGCUGACACAAAU